GUGCUUUUCACUGAGCAGCGAAGCGUUAUAAUAAAAUAACCAUGCUCUAUACUGGAUUAUUUUUAUCACUGAUUUCUUACGUUUCAUUUUGUGAGUUUUCUGUUGCUGCAAAUAGACAAUUAGCCCAUGUCAAGCACUAUGAUGUUGUGCGACUACAGAAUUUAAAAGGUCGAAUGGAAAGGAGUGUUACUUCCCAACAGAAAUAUCCUGACAGAACUGAAUUUGCCUUGGUUGUUGAUGGGAAAAACAUAACAAUAUAUCUGGAGAAGAAUAGGGAGCUUUUAGGGAAGAAUUAUACUCUGACUCACUACACAAAAAAUGGCAUGAAGGUGACUACGCUGCCAUCUAAAUUGGACCACUGCUACUAUCAGGGACAUAUUCAAAAUGUAAAGGACUCCUCAGUCAGUGUUGGUCUGUGCUCUGGAAUACGUGGGUUUCUGAGAGCAGAGAAUCAGGUUUACCUGAUCGAGCCACUGGAGGAGUCUGUGAAAGGGGACCAUGCGCUUUACAAACAAGAGCACCUGCAGACUAAAAGAGCAGCUGCUGGAUACAUCAAUGACACAGUCAAUUAUCUGGGGCCCAGGUUUGCUGGACUAUAUAAAAGUGGAAACAUGAAAAAUAAAGGCAUUGGAGGGCAACGAUUUGUUGAAUUGGUUUUGGUGGCUGAUCAUAAAUUAUUUAAGAAAAUUGGAAACUUGGUGAGAAUAGAGAAGAGAAUGAUGGAAAUUGCUAAUCAUGUGGACAAGCUUUAUCGUCCUCUAAACAUCCGUAUCAUGUUGGUGGGACUCGAAGUCUGGACCAAUGGAGACCAAAUUGAGGUCAGCUCUCAGCCCAGCACAACCCUGGACAGAUUUUUAAAGUGGCGUAACGAUGAUCUCCUGAAAAGAAAGAAGCAUGAUAAUGCACAGUUUGUUACUGCAGUGGAUUUUGAGGGCUCAACUGUUGGCUUGGCUCCUGUAUCUGUUAUGUGCUCUCACAACUCUGGAGCUGUGAAUGAGGACCAUAGUGACAAUUCUAUUGGUGUGGCCUCGACCAUAGCCCAUGAAAUGGGCCAUAACUUGGGCAUGUCACAUGAUAUGACAAAAUGUGUCUGUCCAACAACAUCGCAAGACCAGGGCUGCGUCAUGGAAGACAGUAUUGGAAUUGUUUAUCCUAAGGCCUUCAGUAGCUGUAGUAAAGUAGCUUUGGAGACAUUUUUGCAGAACUAUGAUGUUAGCUGCCUGCUGGAUUUACCAAAUGAUGAUGCACUGUAUGGGGGUCCAGUGUGUGGUAAUGCCUUCGUGGAGAAAGGCGAGGAGUGUGACUGUGGUACAGUAGAGGAAUGCAAGAACCCUUGCUGUAAUGCCACCACAUGCAGACUCACAGAGGGUUCACAGUGUGCACAUGGAGAGUGUUGCCACAACUGCCAGCUUAAGAAAGCAGGGAGUCUGUGUAGACGCAGUGCUCAUGACUGUGACCUGGAUGAUUUUUGCACUGGAGAGUCUGCAUACUGCCCCAAAGAUGAAUACAAGAUGAAUGGGCUUCCUUGCAACUCCAAUCAGGGCUACUGCUAUAAUGGCCAGUGUCCGACUCAUACAGAGCACUGCCAGAAGCUGUGGGGUCCAGAUGCUGAUGUAGAUAGUAAUGCUUGCUUUGAGCUCAAUGCUUUUGAUCAAAGUUGUUCAAGGCCCAAAUAUGGCAAGUGUGCAGAACAGCACAUCAAAUGUGGGAAAAUAUAUUGCUCGGGUGGAAAUGAAUUUCCAAUAACCCAAACAAAAUAUAUGCAGUCCAUGGGUAUGAGAGAAUGCUAUUUGGCUGUGAAGCCUUCCAGCACAGAAGAGAUAGGGAUGGUGCCAACAGGUACCAAAUGUGGGACAAACAAGGUGUGUUACAACAGUUUUUGUCAGGACAUAGGCAUCUAUGGAACAAAGAACUGCUCUGCAAAAUGCAAUAACCAUGGGGUGUGUAAUCAUGAGAGGCAGUGCCAUUGUGAUCCAGGCUGGGCUCCCCCCUACUGUGAUGUGAAACUGUCAGAACUAAACAAGAAAGAUGCUGUUGUUAUUGGUGUGACUACCUCCAUAGCCAUCCUACUGCUGAUUAUUAUAGUUAUUGCAGCAUUGGCAUGUUGCAGAACCCGAAGUACAUUCCCCAAGAAAAGGUCCUUUAAAGAAAAGGACAUCAACUCGGGUCAGUCCAACCCAGUAUUUCAGACAGGCAGUGCAAAUAACAGUCCCAGGUCUGGACCACCACGUGUCAGCCAUCCCACUUUUUUGGAAUCAACAACAACACAGGCCUGCAAGCCCCUGUUUCGCCCCACUGCACCUAACAGACCAGCACCAGAGCCUCCUACAGUAGCAGCUCAAUGCAGGAUGGAACAAAUUGUGAGACCUUGCAUGGUACGCCCUAAUGUUCCAAGCAUUAGUUUAAUUCAGGCAAAGCCUUUGCUUCCACCUUCUAAACCACUACCUCCAUCAAGACCUUUACCUCCACUGAUGUCCAAAUCAGUGAAUAAUCCAAAAUCACCUCCAGUACCUCCAGCAAAACCAUCAGGGAAACAGCCAGCAUGGAAACCAUCUCAGGCAAUGGCAGUCCCAAAGGUUCCUCUGAAACCCCCUUACAUCUAGAUGAUGAGAAGCAGAUGACUUACUCUGAGUCACUCAGAGCUUCAAGAGCUGCUUUGUGAACAAUCUUAAUGCCUCUGCAGGAGCCAAAGCUUUAAAGAUUCUUCAGAUUAACCUUUGUCUCCACUUUGGAACUGAGUAACAUGAUGGGUUUGAAGGAGAUGAGUUUGAUGGGUUUGAAGGGUUAUAUCCAAGAAAACCUUUGGUUUAUGUGCACUUAUGAAUUACUUACUUCCUUUGUUCUGAAUUUGUGUUUUAGUACAAUGUUAUGCAAUGUUGUUUCGUAAUGGAUGUAACUGUAACUUCUGUUUUAUCGAGCCAGUCAAGAAUAUAAAAACACAAAUUUUAUUCAGAGUUUGUAACACUGUAAUUUAGAGUGAAUUACACUCUAAAUCCUGGGAAUGUGCCAGAGGACAAAAGUUAGGCCAUUAUUACUUUCUAAGGUGGUUAUUUUUAAUGUAUUGCUUGUUUUUAGUUGCCCUUUCAUUUUUUGCACUCAGAAAAAGGCAAUCAAACGCUGGCAAUUUUGUCUACUAAAAUGUUCUCAUAUGGACUGAUUGUCUGAAAACAUUAUUUACUUGCUGGAAUUUAAAAUACUUCGUAAUUUAAAUAAUAUGUUAACUUUGUCUUAAGAACAAGUAAAUGAAUGAGUUUUUGUUAUCA